AGCAUACCAGGAAGAAAUGAUGACACUAAGCAAAGGAAAUCCUUUACCAAGAAGCAAUAAGCUAUACCAUCUCGAUGUCCUUUUGGACAGAGAUGACGUGCUCAAGGUGGGAGGAAGACUGCGGUGGUCAGCCCUUCCUAGUUCAUUUAAGCAUCCAACAAUCAUCCCCAGAGAGCAUCACGUCACAAAGCUGAUAAUAGCUCACCAUCAUGAAAGGAUCAAACACCAGGGCAGAGGCUUUACUAUCAAUGAAAUUCGGGCCAAUGGCUAUUGGAUCCCAAAAAUGAGUCAAGCUGUUUCACUCUACAUUCGCCAGUGUGUGAUCUGUCGGAAACUGAGGAGACCUGUGGAAGGACAGAGAAUGAGUGAUCUUCCUAGAGAACGGGUAGAGCCCUCGCCACCCUUCAGCUAUUGUGGCAUGGAUUGUUUUGGCCCAUUCACGACUAAACAGGGACGUAAGGAACAAAAAAGAUACGGAGUGCUCUUUACAUGUUUCAGCUCUCGUGCCAUCCACAUUGAGAUGCUAGACGAUAUGUCAACUGAUGCUCUCAUCAACGGUCUGCGUUGCUUUAUUGCACUGCGAGGCUCAGUCAGACAAAUUAAGUGUGACCAGGGAACCAAUUUUGUAGGUGCCAAAAAUGAACUGAAUGCAGCUCUACAGGAAGUCGACACUAAGAGAGUGGUAACCUUCCUUGCAGAAUACCAAUGUGAUUUUGCCUUUAAUGCACCUCAUGCUAGUCAUGCUGGUGGAGUAUGGGAGCGACAGAUAAGGACUGUAAAAAGUGUUCUCAACUCCACGCUUUCACUCACUCCUGGUAGGCUCAAUGAUGCUUCUCUAAGGACUCUAUUGUAUGAAGCUAUGACAAUCGUAAACAGUCGUCCUCUUACAACAGACAAUCUGAAUGAUCCAAAUAGCUUGGAACCACUAACCCCUAACCAUCUCAUCACCAUGAAAGCGAAUGUUGCAUUACCUCCUCCUGGCAAAUUUGUCAGAGAGGACUUGUAUGGAAGAAAACGAUGGCGCCAAGUGCAGUACUUGGCAGAACAGUUUUGGAGCCGUUGGAGAAAAGAGUAUCUCCACAACAUCAUGAUCAGACAGCGAUGGCAUGCACCCAAGAGAAACCUUCAAGUGGGUGACAUAGUGAUGGACACUAAGGAAAUGCAGUCAAGAUCUUCAUGGAGACUUGGAAGAGUGUCAGAGACUGUAUCAGAUAGGGAUGGACUCGUAAGGAAAGUCAAAAUGGUAGUAGGUGAUAGAUAUCUAAACAAAAGAGGUAAGCGCAUAAACAAAAUGUCUGUUGUGGAACGUCCUGUUCACAAGCUGGUUCUCAUACUGGAAAGUUCCUAAGUCAAAGAAUGUCUACAGUGUAUGUAGUGUUAUGAAAAUGGUUGUUCUCAUGAGGAAAUCAUUUGUGUUUGAGAAGUUGUGUACAAACACUAAAUAAUUUGGUGGGAGUGUAAAUGACCCCAGUGCAUAAUGUCUUAAACGUUAUAAGGUUUGCAAUAUGUAUUUGUUAUUCUAGCUGUUCAGUCGUUUCCUGUAAAGACGGAUGUUUUAUUUUGAAAAGGAAAGAACUCUUCACAUGUGAUGUCGAAAGGUAAUGAAAGGCGUAGCAAACAGCAGUGUAAGCUAAAGGAUUGACAGGAGAGGCAAACAAAGUAAGGAGAAAUCGGGAGAGUAAACAAGGAGUUUAGCUUCAGCUGAGAGAUGGCAACAAGCUCUUACGUUGGUCUGUAUGUAAUAUAAGCUGACGAAUAAAGGACAGAGACCAUCAGUUCAGGCUUACGUUUUCUUCAGCUGGAAGCUACAA